GGUGUAAUCGAUACAGGAAUCGAACAAAAUCUCAAAGCCCAUGCUAGUUAUUGUCAUUGUUGUAAUCGAUUUAAGAGUUGAAAAAUCUCAGACCUUCCCCUGUCUGUAAUUAUCUUUUAUGUAAUUUUUUAUUUUUUUGUGUGUUUUGCUUGUAUUAUAAACAUUUUACUGUGGAGAAACUGAGAACUGAUUUUGAAAAGACAUCAUGUUGUUUUUCGAUGGAGAAAAGCCCUGAGUUGUUGACAUUCUGCUGCGAAAAAUGUGUAUCUUGUAGCAUCUAAUGUCUGUCCAACUCCAUCCGGAUAAUAUAAGGAAUCUAAUAAUGCAAGGUGCAGUGUUUAUUGCCAUUCUACUUAGUUGGAUACAGUUGAGUCAGGGUGGAUGUAAAACCGUGUGCCAUUUUUAUGCAUCGAACUAUAUCACAACUACUUUCCACCCGGAGCAUGUUCAACCAAGCUUAUGUGAAUUCCUUAUCAUUGGCUACGGUUAUGUUGUCAAUUCUGAAAAUCCGAGAAUUGCGAUGCAUGAAAGAGUUGCUGAUUUCUUGUCAAGAAUAAGCUCUUACAAGAAAGAGAAUCCCAAUCUUAAAGUUCUGUUGGAAGUUAGAAGCUCGAGAUGGAGCUUUGAAGAAACUUUUUAUAAAAUGUUAUCUUCGGCAUCAUCAAGAGUCAAAUUUGCUGACAGUGCUAAGAAGUUUGUGCUUGACAAUAAAUUCGAUGGUAUUAAUAUAAGAGAAGAGACUGUCGAUCGACUUUUUAAAAAUUUCAAGACAGAAUUUCUGUCUCUGAUGCAGCUUGUGGCUGCAAGGAUUAAAGCAGAAAGGAAUCUUUAUUUGUUUGCAUCUUUAGUCGAUACCAACAAAGUUCAUGAGCUUGAUGUCAAUAAUGAUAUUCAAGGACUAUGUCGGCUAGCGGAUAUGGUCAUUGUAGAGACAUCUUAUUUUUAUCUAGACCCUGGUGAGAAACAUGGACGCACAAGUCGAUUAUAUUCAAAAUCUGAAACUGAUACAAAAUCUGUCGAUUACGUAACUAAAUUGGUGCUUUCAAGGGGAUGUCCUAAAGAAAAAUUAGUAAUUUCUGUUUCUACUGGAGUCUGGUGUUACCAAAAUCUUGGUAAAGAUAGAAAAGGAGAAGAAGAAUAUCUUAGAUGGGCAGUAGUCUCUUAUGAUAAACUCUGUCCAUUCUUAAAUACAGGGGUUAAAGUUCAAAGACUUAGUGACAACGGUCCUUAUGUAAUGGGAGAAAAACUUGACUAUCUUAAUCCUGUCUUUGAUGGAGAUUUCAUAUAUUACUACGAAGACGAUAUCAGUCUUAAAGCAAAGAUUGACUACGCCAAACAAAAAGGUCUUGCUGGAAUCAUGUUCUGGGAUAUUUGGUACGAUGAUUUUAAGGGAUCAUGUAAUCGUGGAAAAUUUCCAUUCUUAAAUUUAAUUCAUAGAGAAUGCAGUUAAAUUAUAAGGUAAAUGGUUGAAAAAGAAAAGACGAAUCUGAGAUCAGUACCAUUUCAAAAUUAGCUGUUUUUCGUUGAAGUCCACAAUAUAUACACAAUAUAUAUAUAUAUAUAUACAUAUUUUAAAAAGAUUUUUCUUAUGUUUAUCUUUCCUUUACUUUAGCUGUGUUUCUUUAAUGAUUCUAGUAUUUGUCAAUCUAAUU